AUGUCCUAUCGAGGACGCCCGAGUAAGGGAUGUGAGGCUUGCAGAGCCCGUAAAGUCAAGUGUGAUGAGUCGAGACCAGCUUGCAGUCGAUGCAGCAAGGCGGGUCAUACAUGCAAGUAUCGAGAUCAAGCCGACAUCCUCUUCCGCAACCAAACAGCAUCUGCUGCGCAGAGAGCCGAGGAAUCAUGGCGGAAGCGAUCAAAGUCAAAUCAACGCGCUGUCGUUGCCGAAAGUAGCAAUACUUAUAUCAAAACCCCGCCAAGCGACGAAUCGACACCACCUCAUUUGGACGAUCAACGCUCGUCCAGCGGUAGUGUGCAUUCUCCCGGUGGAUCCGUGGACGACCCUGCUCAAGAUGCCUCAGGUGUUACCCCGCCAAUAAUCGAUCUAAGCCGACUGACUAUCACCCCGGUGGCUAACCCGGACUUUCGUAGAAGGGCCUUUGAGCGCUUUGUGUACGACUUUGUACUGCCCGAUCAGCCGAACAGACCAGCGGAUCAGCCGGAUGAAGCACUUUGGACGUUUAUACCGCUCUUGUAUCAGGGUGCGCCAGAGGACUCGUUAAUUGCGACAGCUGUUGACGCAGUCUCUUACGUAAAUUAUGCUAAUAGAUGUAACGACCCUCAGGCCCAGGCAUUGGGUGAAGAAUGCGUGGGAAGAGCCAUUCCGAUGUUGACAAAGACAAUCGCGGAUAAAAAGCAGUCAGCCACGAAUAUCGCUUUGGCCGCAGUGCAUUUGAUGGGAGUUUACGAAAAUCUUACCAGCGUGCAACGGAAGGGCACAUUCAUUGCCCAUAACCAUGGCGCAAAUGCGCUGCUUCAGUUGCGGACUGUUGAGCAGUUCUACAGCGAUCCUAUAUCAGCCAGACUUUACGAAGUCAUCUACGCACAUCUGUUACUAGGUAAUUUACAGACAGCCAAGCGCCCUGCCAUACCUACAAGAGACGUGGUCAAGGUGGAUGAGCUACUUCCAAGUCUAUACAAGAACUCUAAUGCUUUUGUAAUUCGCCUGAUCUGGAGAGAGGCGAUGUUGCAUGCUAGAUGGCACGAAAUGAAACAAAGUACGAAUCCACCAACUAAUCGUCUGGCCUUGCAAGAGCUUUUGCAGACCGCGCUAGAACUAGAUGACGACUAUCAAGCCUGGGAAUCACAGAUCACGCCUGCUUGGAACUACCAUGCGACACCCAACACGCCAGAGGCCAGGUCGAACUAUGAUCCGAAAUGGCAGAAGCUCUUCCUGGGGUGUCGCGGCGCCCCGGAAGAGAUACACUCUUACCCCAGCGUCAAACGCGCUUGGAUUUGGGGCUUCUACCGCACAAGCCGUGUACUUGUUCUGCGAGAUCUACUUGAAAUGUUGAAUUGGAUGCUAAGAUUUCGGGAUCCCGGUCGAUCGGCCGCAGCGCAAGGACAGACUGUACCCACGACUUUGAGCGAUAGGACCCUCCGCAUACAUCACUCUGUUGCUACUGCACGUCUGGUUGAAGUGAUUGAAAGAAACUGCUCAGCCAUGAUUGGUAGUCUUACCGUGCCAAUACACAUGAAGUCUAUCGACGAUGUGGUUGGUAUGAGAGGAUAUGUCGAUAUAUGGCCACUGGGUACCAUGGACGCUGUACUGUGUUCAGGUCUUGUGCCCGAUAGCACUGCAGGCAACUCUCCACAAGACACUAGUCAGAUGCCAACACCACCGUCAGCCUACACGCACCAGUCCAACACGCCACCACACCUAGUCUCGGCCACAUCCAACUUGUCGUCGUCAAGCGAACCUUCGGAAAACUUGGAGUCUUAUGCAACAGCACCUCAGUUUUCUGACCUUAACACCAUCCGUUCGAGAAGUGGCCUGAGCUCCAGUCCUAGCCCGCCGGCCAACGUCCCAACAUUUGAUCCCAAUGCAAAGAAAGAUCACAUCUUCGACCCGCACCCCGCGCAUCCUUACGACCGACCCCUCGAUCUUCCGCCGCCAGAAUUUGACACGGUAAUACCUAAGAGAAUAGACGUUGCAGCCAGACGUGAGUGGAUCAAUCGCUUACUAUAUUACUUCGCCACAGAACUGGGGUUGAAGAAGGCGCUGUGGGUACCAGUGAUGCAAGGAUUCAUGCCCAUGGUGAAGCCAAUGGUUGAUGAGAUUCUCAGCCAGGAAAGGCGUUUCUGA